GGUCCUUCGACAAGCCCUUUUACAUCAACCUGUGUGGCAACAGAAUGAUGCAGUACGCCAUUAUCCUAGCUCAACUUGCCUUGUACGCAGCUGUAUUCAUCCCCUUCUUUUCCGACAAGAUCCUGGAGUUGGUGGGAUUGGACAUCGGAGAGAAAGGUUGGGCGAUGGCCGUGAUUGGCCCCGUGGGCACGUUGAUCCUGUGCGAGCUCAGUAAGGUGAUCACGUACUAUCAGAUGAAGAACUACCAGAGGUGGUUGGCCAAGAAGGAGGCUGAGAAUGCCGCCAAGUUGGAAGCGGAUAUCGCCGCCACCCCACGGAAGGAGUUCUCCUCCGAGGCCAAGGAACCGUUCACUUCAAGUGUCGACAAGAUCGAGAAGGUGGAACGGCCACCUGCCGUGCGGCUUUAGGCGGGGCGAUCGCUGUGCUGUCCGAAUAGCCACGAAGCUCGCCCAGCUGGACCAACCUCCGUGAGGCGUGAAGAGAUCGAUGACCAGACUCUUGAGGUGGAGGCCAUUACUUUGGAUUUUUUGGACCCCAUCGUUGAGUGACUUGCCGGAGCUCUAAACGGACGGUUGAGCUCCCGAGCUGGGUGGAGGUUUGGCCCAAUUUGAAGCGUUUGCAGUGCACCGGUCGACGUAGAGAAGAGGC